AUCCAUUCUGAGACAAGAGGUGGCAGAGGCUUCCCUGCCUUCUGGAGACGGUCUGUGCCUGGAGGAUCAGGACUCUUCUCUUUUCCCCAAUGGCACAGAAACACAUCCACUCUAGGAAUCACUCCACAGGGCACAAGUUGCAAGUACUGGUGACCUGAAAAGGGCAAGCUGGAGGCGAACCCACUGACCCUGGAGCUGUGUUACGUGUAGUGCAUUGUGUUCCCUAACAGUGGUCAGAGAAGAGCCUGGAGUCAUCUCCCCUACCUCCCCUCCGACAUGCCAAAAGCCACAGCAAAACCAAAAUGAAGACUCUAAGUAGAAUCCAGCCAGCAGUGCAGUCCCAGAACUAUGGAGAGAUGGCAAACCAAGCAAAGAAUCCGCGAGGGCCGCGGAGAAGGGAGCAAGCGCACCAUGGGAAGAUGCAGGCCAAGCUCCGGCUGAUGCGGUCGAUGCUUCGAAAUCAGCGGACCUCACUCCAGGAGCUCUACAGCCACGAGAGCUUCCUCAGCAAGCUCAACCAGGAGCUGAUCAAGUCCAUCCAGGACAUGGAGGACAGCAUGGCCCUGAGCGUGCGCGCAAUGCUGCAGCAGCAGGGCAUUCUCGGGAAUGUCAUCGACAUCUUGGAGUACUCAAACAAGAAGCGUGUGGAGCAGCUGAGGUCUGAGCUCCAGGAGUGGAAGGAAAAGGAGGAGAACAAAACGAACAGCCUGAAGCGGGAGGUGGAACAGCUGCAUGCUGAGAUCCUGAAGGCCCACGAGGAGGUGAGUUUCCUGAGCACCUACAUGGACCACGAGUAUUCCGUCAGGUCGGUCCAGAUCGCCAAUCACAUACGCCAGGUGCAGCAGGCAAAGGACAGCCAGCAGGACGAGCUGGACAACCUUAAGGAGAUGCGUGACAUGGUCCUGGGGAGUUUCUCCGACAUGAUUCAGGAGAAGAAGAAGAAAAUCCUGUGGUCUCUGAUGGUGAAAACCCAGCAACCCUAUGAGGAGGUACUUAUGCUGAAGACGCAGGAUAGCCGGCGCCUGCAGAGGUGCACAGUCUGGUUCAGAGAGCUAAUUGAGCGGAUGAAGAAGGAGAUACCGGUACUAACUGCAGAGGUGGAGAAAAUGUAUGCAGAAAUCUGGAAUCCCCGAGACGUCGUUUUUAAGGAUAUUCUACUGCAGAGACCCAAGUGCACCCCAGACAUGGCUGUUGAACUCAACAUUCCUGUGCGAGAACCACUCCCCUUCUGACCCACAAUCCCUCCUCCACCCCUCUCCCUUGCUGCUUGAACCAGGCAGAAAUUCCCAGUCCUUGCUGCCAAUAAAGCUGGGUUUGUGUUUGCUUGGUGCUGGUGUAUGGGGCCCCACCUAGGCUUUGCUGGACACGUCACAGCAAUGGUCUUUGCCUUAAGAUCGGGGUUAGGCUGCUGUUCUGAUGGCAUCGGGGAGGGAUGCUGGAGUGCGGCCUUCCCUCAUCUCCAUGGCUCCCUCCUGGUCCAGUGGGAGCUCAGCUUCCCUUACAGUUGGGGCCCAGAGCAGCUGAGGUCAGUGCCAAAGUCGAAGAGAGAUUCCUUGAGAUUUAUUCACGCAGGAGCCUUCUGGGUCCACAGUGCUGAUGGCCAUCUCUCUUCCGGCCUAGCCUUGCUCUUCCCCCAAAUGCAUAGGGCUAUGGCUUGAACUCAGCCUAGGUGCAGAGCUAGUCACAGAAGUACACGGCAGGCCCUUACCUGUUGAGAGCCAAUCCUC